CAUCAUCCAGUUACAGUUCUGUCUGAAUAAACAGUGUAUGAUACGAACAUGGUGUUCAACGGCCAGACAGUUAUGUCCGUAGCCCAUUUGUCGGCGGAGAUUUGGCAACGACUACGGCGGAUCCCACCGUCCGAUCGCAUAAGCAGCAGCGAGAUGCUUGAGCUAGUCUGCUUCUUCCCGCUCCAGCAAUUGGGUCGAUUCGCUUUAUGUCUCUUGUCUUUUCUCUGCCUUCCUCCUCCAGGUUUGCUCUAUCCUGAAGCCGACGAAGACGAUCAUGAUGAUCACUCUUUUGUUUAUGGUUCAUCUUCAUCUUCCAUCGCUACACAUCAGCAUCAUUUUCAUCUGCAUUUUGAGUGA